UGCCCCCUCUGGAGCCCUUUCCGGCAACCUUGCAGUCGUACUCAGCAGGCCGCAUCCAUGUUAUGGGAAUGUGUGCCGUGAGAGUACAGUUCCGGGACAAACAGGCUGUACUCAAACUGGUGAUUGCGAAGGGCAGUCGCCCCAGUCUCCUGGGCACUGACUGGUUCCCUGCCCUGGGACUGAGUAUCUCAGGGCUUAAUUCAAUCCAAACCUGCCCUGAGAUGAGCGAGGUAUUAUGCAAGGAAUUUGCUGGUCUCUUUAAUGGAAAACUGGGUUGUUAUAAAGGGCCCCCAGUUGACUUCGAGUUGGACCCCGGGGUGGCUCCAAUCCGACUCAAACCAAGGCGAGUGCCAUUUGCACUGCAACCCAAGAUCGAGGCAGAGCUGGAUAAAUUGGUCAAGCAGGGAGUUCUCUCACCCGUGGACUCUGCUAAGUGGGAGACUCCAAUCGUCACGCCCCUUAAAGCAAAUGGGGAAGUCAGGAUAUGUGCAGAUUACAAAUGUACUAUCAAUAAGGCACUCAGGGGAAACUCAUACCCCAUUCCAGUUGUAUCACAUCUGUUGGCUAAACUGGCUGGGGGCAAGGUGUUCGCCAAAAUUGACCUGGCACAAGCUUACCAACAGCUGCCAGUAGCCCCACAAUCAGCGGAAGCACAGACUAUUGUCACACAUAAAGGGGCAUUCAGAGUUAACAGAUUACAGUUCGGAGUUUGUGUGGCCCCAGGGAUUUUUCAAGGGCUCAUGGAACGCCUAUUAAGAGGUCUGCCGGGGGUCUUGCCAUUUUUUGAUGACGUUUUGAUUGCUGGAAAAGACCCACAGGAACUGGUUGCGCGUGUCCGUGCAGUGUUGCUCAAGUUCAAGGAGGUGGGGUUGCAACUGAAAAAGGAAAAAUGCAGUUUUGGGGUGCCAACGGUGGAUUUCUUGGGGUUUAAAAUUGAUGCAUCAGGCAUCCACCCCACAGAUGCUAAGAUUAAGGCCAUCAUCGAGGCACCACGACCACAGAACAAGACGGAGUUGCAGUCAUUCCUGGGACUUAUUAACUUUUAUCAUUCGUUCUUACCCCAGAAAGCUUCGGUAGCUGAACCAUUACAUAGACUAUUGCAGAAAAAGAAUGUGUGGCGAUGGGGGCGGGAGCAGCAGAAGGCUUUUGACUCCUUGCGAGGAAUGCUGAGUAGCAGGAGCGUCCUUGCUCAUUAUGAUGAGUCAAAGCCGCUGGUCCUGGCAUGUGAUGCCUCUCAAUACGGUCUGGGGGCUGUGCUGAGUCAUAGGGAACCGGAUGGGUCGGAAAAGCCCAUCUCUUUCUAUUCCCGUACGUUGUCGCCCACGGAGCGCAACUAUGCUCAAAUUGAUAAAGAGGCACUGGCUAUUGUGUCCGGAAUCAAAAGGUUCUAUGAUUAUUUGUACGGUCGCCAAUUCUCCAUUGAAACGGACCACAAACCACUGUUAGGGUUGUUCAACCCAAACAAACAAACGCCACAAAUUCUCUCCCCCAGAAUGUUGCGUUGGUCAAUAUUCCUGAAUGGGUUCCAGUACACCUUGACCCAUGUGCCGGGGAAACAAUUGUGCCAUGCUGAUGCGCUGAGUCGCUUGCCCCUUCCUGGCGGGAGCAAUGAGGAUCCUGCUCCGGCGGAGCACAUUAUGAUGCUAGAAACACUUCCGGGGGCUCCUGUAACAGCUACGGAUAUAGCUGAGAAAACGAGGAAAGAUGCUGUUCUCUCCCGUGUGCUCACUUGGGUGGGGAGGGGGUGGCCAGGUGGUCCGCAUGAAGAAAAAUUCAGGCCUUAUGCGACAAGGCAGCACGAAUUGUCCAUGCAUAAGGGUUGUCUCCUAUGGGGAGAUAGGGUGAUCAUCCCAGCACCACUGAGAAACAGGGUUCUUGAGACGCUUCACAUGGGACACCCGGGAAUGGUCAGGAUGAAGUCGCUAGCCCGAUGUUAUGUGUGGUGGCCUGGAAUGGACCAGAACAUAGAACAAUGGGUACGAACAUGCAAGGCAUGCCAAGAGGUGCGGCCAGAAGUGGCCAGAGCACCAGUCCACUGGUGGGAGCAGUCCAGGACUCCCUGGAGCCGGCUGCACAUAGAUUUUGCGGGGCCAUUCCAAGGGAAGGUCUUUUUGGUUAUCGUUGAUGCAUAUUCCAAAUGGUUAGAAGUGGCGAUGGUCCCUAGCAUGGCAUCAGCUGCCGUAAUCAAGGUGUUGAGGCAGCUGUUUGCUACCCACGGGUUACCUGAGACCAUUGUAUCAGAUAAUGGGGCAGCUUUUGUAUCCCAAGAAUUCAGGGCAUUCUUGGCUGAUAACUUCAUAAGAGGGGUCACAUCCGCGCCCUUUCACCCAUCCUCCAAUGGGCAGGCUGAGCGCAUGGUAAGAACAGCCAAAGAAUCCAUUGCGCGCUUAAUGGAGGGUAACUGGUCGGCUCGCAUUGCGCGAAUGUUAUUUUUGCAGCAUGCGACGCCGUGUACUGCGACGGGCAAGUCGCCUCCCACUUCUACCCAGAGUAAAAACAUCAAGCAUGACUUGUAG